AUGACUCGCAUUGCCUGGCUGUUCGAAUUCGCUGAGUUGAACGGAGCCGAGCGUUCACUGCUGGCCACUUUUGAAGGCAUCCGCCGGCUGGGCUUUUCUCCGGUGGCGAUCGCACCUUCGAAAGGUCCUCUGGCCGAAUUGCUUCGGUCAGCAGGCAUCGAGCAUGUGCCCUUCGAUGUUCGCGAUGGCGUUGGUCGCAGGCGGAAAACGCCAGGACUUCAGCGCGAACUUCUUGAUCACCUAAUCGCAUCAAACGCGGAACUGCUGCAUGCCAACAGUCUUAGUAUGGGGCGGUUGUCUGGGCCGGUGGUGUCGCAGAUUGGUCUGCCCAGCAUUGCCCAUAUGCGUGAUAUCUAUCGUCUUAGCGGGCAGGCCGUAAGUGAUUUGAAUCAGCAUGCUCGACUGUUAGCCGUGUCGGAGGCAGUGCGAACAUUUCAUGCCGAUGGUGGCGUUGAUGCUUCGAGGAUCCACGUUCUUUACAACGGGGCCGACCUCGAGGUGUUCUGUCCAGGCGAGCCGUCUGGGUAUAUCCAACGAGAGUUGGGGCUUCCCGAGAGUGCACUGCUAUUCGCCUCCAUCGGGCAGAUCGGUCUUCGCAAAGGGCAAGACGUUCUGGUCGAGGCAUUCGCUACGGUCGCAAGCCGCCAUCCACAGGUUCACCUGCUGAUUGUGGGAGAGCGUCACUCUCAAAAAGACGAGGCCGUGCGGUUCGCGGAGCAGUUGGCACUGCGGGCUCGUCAGCCGGACCUGGUUGGACGGGUGCACUUCUUGGGCUAUCGGGAAGAUGUGGCGAAGCUACUCCCGGAUUUGCGCGGGUUGGUCCACGCAGCACGGCAAGAGCCGCUCGGUCGGGUGCUGUUGGAGGCCGCGGCCUGUGGGGUUCCGGUGAUUGCGACGGACGUCGGUGGUACGCGGGAGAUUUUUCCGACCGAAGCAGAUGGUGCGAUUCUCGUCGAAGUCGACGACGUUGCCGCCUUGGCUUCAGCCUGGCUAUGCCUGAUCGAUGAUGAUGCUCAACACUCUCAGCUUUCGGCGGGGGCUCGAAGCCGGGCCUGCGAGCAGUUUCCGGUCGAGAAAUGUGUGACAGACCUCGCCGCGCACUAUGGAGAGAUUCGCGUGGUCGAAGCACUCACAAAGUCGGCGAUUGUUCAAGCUUAUUGCGAGAAGACGCGCACCUCGGCCAAGCUGGCGGAAGAGGCCCGUCGGAGUAUUGCUGGAGGAGUCACGCACGAUAGUCGCUAUCUCGAGCCGCACGGGAUCUAUGUCGAACGCGCCGCGGGUUCGCGAAAGUGGGACGUGGAUGGAAACGAGUACGUCGAUUACUCCGGGGGCCACGGGGCCCUUCUGCUCGGGCACAAUCAUCCGCAGGUUGUCGAAGCUGUACAGCGGCAACUCGCUUUGGGAACCCAUUACGGCUCGAGUCACGAACUCGAGAUUCGCUGGGCUGAGCUGGUUCGUGACAUGGUUCCCUCGGCCGAGUCGGUGCGGUUCACCAGUUCGGGCACCGAGGCCACAUUGUUGGCAUUGCGAUUGGCCCGGGCUUUCACAAGGCGUACAAAGCUGGUGCGUUUCGUUGGGCACUUCCAUGGUUGGCACGACCAUAUGGCCUUUGGAGUCGGCUCCCGGUUCGACGGAUCUGCCUCCCCGGGUGUGUUGGCCGAGGUGGCCAGCAAUGUGCGGCUGGCCCCUGCGGGCGAUACUCGGGGUACUGAGCAAGUGCUCGACCGCGACGAUGUUGCGGCGGUGAUUAUCGAGCCUACUGGGGCGAGCUGGGGCCAGCUACCGGUGUUGAAGGAGUUCCUGGUUGAACUUCGACGUAUGACGGCCGAGCGAGAAAUUGUGCUGAUCUUCGACGAAGUUAUCACCGGCUUCCGCUGCAGCCCGGGUGGAGCGCAGCAGGUGUUUGGCGUGACGCCGGAUAUGACCACACUGGCGAAGAUACUCGCCGGAGGAUUGCCCGGCGGGGCCGUGGCGGGGAAGCAAGAGAUCAUGGAAUUGCUCGAUCAUCGUGCGGCGGUGGAUUUGGGCAGUGAGAAGAUCAGUCACCACGGGACGUUUAACGCCAAUCCCUUGUCAGCGGCCGCCGGGGUUGAAGCCUUGAGAAUUGUCUCGGAGACCGAUGCUUGCGAACGGGCAAGUACUUAUGCCCAGCGGUUGCGAGAGGCCCUGAAUGAAGUUUGUCAGGAGGAGAGUGUUUCCUGGACGGUGUACGGUACUUUCUCGGGGUUCCAUAUCUAUACGAAUCCAGAGGGGCAGGCUGUGGCCCGCGAGCAGCUCGAUGCGGGAAGUUAUGACCCCAUGGUGUUGAAAGCACGCCCGCGGCCCAAAUUGUUAAUGAAGUUAAGGGCGGGCAUGUUGUUGCACGGGGUGGAGAUUUUCGUCUGGCCAGGUGGCCCAACUUCCUGUGUGCACACCGACGAAGACUUGGCGCUCACCGUCGAAAUCACCACGCCUGACGUGCCACCGGAGGAUACUGCGCCUGCGGAGUUUCCGCCGGAAGUUCGUCCUUGCAAGCCACGCAUUUGGCCGGUGUUUGUGCUGCCGAUCACGGUUGUGAUUGGCGCUACCGUGAUGGCGGCGAUUCUGAUGGUCAUCGGCAUGGUGGUCACGCAACCCGAGGGUUUGAAGCAAUUUGCCGAUGUGGAGCAUGCGACCGAGGGUCUUUCCGAGUUCAUGUCGACCCCCUUCGGAUUGACCGUCAUGCUGUUUCCCCAGUUGAUCUUCGGCGGUGCGGCGAUCUUUGGAGGGCUCGUUUCUCCCCUACCCCUUACGAAACGGCUGGGCCUGUUGAAGCCGCGGAUUGGUUUGGCUUCGAUUGUGGCAGCGAUGGUUGCCACUCCGUUUUUUGGAUUGGUGGGUUUUCAAUUGAUGAUGUUGACCUUCGGCAAGCCGAGUGAGCAAGUCGAAGAGAUGUCGCAAAUGUUUACCGAUGCUCAGGGGCCAAUCGUGCUGUUCAUGGCGGUCGGCAUCAGUCUGUUUCCAGGGAUUUCAGAAGAGCUGUUAUUUCGCGGAUACGUUCAACAACGGCUGCUCGCGCGAUGGACGGUGAUCCCGGCGAUUGUGGUGAGUUCGUUAAUGUUCGCUGCGGCUCAUAUCGACCCUGCCCACAGUGUGGCCGUCAUUCCGUUGGGGCUGUGGCUUGGGGUGGUGGCCUGGAUGAGUGGCUCGAUCUGGCCUGCGAUGGCCUGCCACACGGCGAACAACCUGCUGAGUGUUAUUCUCGCCCGCUCGAUGGGGGCCGAGGAGAUGGACAACACCUGGGAUUUGCCUUCAUUCGUGAUGCUCGGCGUGUCGGGCUCCGCGAUGCUGGUUUCGGUAUUCUGGAUGCGGCGUGAUGUUCGGGCGUUGGCCAACGAGGUUUUGCCUGAACCCCCCGAGCCGUUGCCGCAAGACAUUCCGGCCUGA